GAGGGAUGGGCUUCCAGGGCUUUGGAGGUAGUAGGUGAUCUGGGGAGGAUGGACCUGGCUGACCACCUACUGUGUGACCUGGAGUGGGUUGCAUCCUCACAGAGUGUGUCUGCAUCUCUUAACACCAUGAAGUCAUGCGGGUUCAAGGACAUGGACAAAAGGUUUUGCACAGUGCUGUAAGCCACCAUUUACUGACCUCUGACUCUAAACACAAAAGAGGUCACCAGUGUGAAUGCCAAGAAGAAGGAAAUAAUGCCGGUGAACAUUUCUUGAGUAUUUGCUGUGUACAAUCCCCUGUGCUAAAUCCUUUCUGUGGAUUAUUCUCGAUGAAAUUUUACGACCCCCCGAGUAGGUGCUAUUAAUGGCUAUUCUACUAAUGAACCGACUGAGCCACAGAGAUGUUAAGUAACUUGCCCAAGGUCACGCACAUGUGUAACUUCAGAGACGGAGGGAGGGAGGACGGGAGUGGGAAGGAGGCGAAGCAGAUUGUCGCGGGAGCGGCUCAGGAAGAGGAAUCGACCCCAACGCCCACCAGGGCCGGGCGGGGCUGUGUUGCCAUCUGGAGUCGCUGCGCCGCCGGCCACAGAGAAGGCGCGAGCAGCAAGAGUGCGCGCAGGGCUGGCGGGAGUGCAGCCUCCGCCGCCACUGCCGCGGCGGCAGAUGAGCCGACCCCGCCGCCGCCCCUAGCAGCUCCGGCAGCCCCCGUCUCUCAGCCUGCCGCAGCUCCGGCCAGCCGACCAGCCAUGUCGCUCAGCGGAGCCUCUGAGCGCAGCGUCCCGGCCACCAAGAUUGAAAUUACCGUGUCCUGCCGGAACCUGCCGGACCUCGACACCUUCUCCAAGUCCGACCCCAUGGUGGUGCUUUACACGCAGAGCCAGGCCAGCCAAGAGUGGCGGGAGUUCGGACGGACCGAGGUGAUCGACAACACGCGGAACCCAGACUUCGUGCGCAAAUUCGUCCUCGACUACUUCUUCGAGGAAAAGCAAAACCUGCGCUUCGAUGUGUACAACGUCGACUCCAGAACCAACAUCUCCAAACCGGAUUUCCUGGGACAAGCGUUCCUGGCCCUGGGAGAGGUGAUCGGAGGCCAGGGCAGCCGAGUAGAGCGACCCCUCACGGGUGUACCAGGCAAGAAGUGUGGGACCAUAUUGCUGACUGCAGAGGAGCUUAGCAAUUGUCGGGAUAUUGCCACCAUGCAGCUGUGUGCAAACAAGCUGGACAAGAAGGACUUCUUUGGGAAAUCAGACCCCUUCCUUGUGUUCUAUAGGAGCAAUGAGGAUGGCACGUUCACCAUCUGCCACAAGACGGAGGUUGUGAAAAACACGCUGAAUCCUGUGUGGCAGCCCUUCAGCAUCCCUGUGCGGGUAUUGUGCAAUGGAGACUAUGACAGAACAGUGAAGAUUGAUGUGUACGACUGGGACCGGGAUGGAAGUCACGACUUCAUCGGUGAGUUUACCACCAGCUACAGAGAGCUGAGCAAGGCCCAGAACCAGUUCACAGUGUAUGAGGUACUUAACCCUCGGAAGAAAUGCAAGAAGAAGAAAUAUGUCAACUCGGGAACUGUGACGCUGCUUUCCUUUUCUGUGGACUCUGAAUUCACUUUUGUCGAUUACAUCAAGGGAGGGACGCAGCUGAACUUCACAGUAGCCAUUGACUUCACAGCUUCCAAUGGGAAUCCCCUGCAGCCCACCUCCCUGCACUACAUGAGUCCUUAUCAGCUCAGCGCCUAUGCCAUGGCCCUCAAGGCAGUGGGAGAAAUCAUCCAAGACUAUGACAGUGACAAGCUGUUCCCAGCUUAUGGCUUUGGGGCCAAGCUGCCUCCCGAGGGACGGAUCUCCCACCAGUUCCCCCUGAACAACAAUGACGAGGACCCCAACUGUGUGGGCAUUGAGGGCGUGUUGGAGAGCUACUUCCAGAGCCUGCGCACAGUGCAGCUCUACGGGCCCACCUACUUCGCCCCUGUUAUCAACCAGGUGGCCAGGGGACAUGGGUUCAAGCCCUGGUCCGGGAAGAUCCCACAUGUCGUGGAGCAGCUAAGCCCGUGCACCACAACUACUGAGCCUGAGCUCUAGAGCCCGUGAGCCACAAAUACUGAGCCCACAUGCCACAACUACUGAAGCCCGCGCACCUAGAGCCCAUGUUCCACAACAAAAGAAGCCACCGCAACGAGAAGCCCAUGCACUGCAACGAAGAGUAGUCCCCGCUCGCCACAGCUAGAGAAAGCCCACGCACAGCAAUGAAGACCCAACGUAGCCAAAAAUAAAUAUAAAUAAAAUAAAUUAAUUAAAAAAAAAAAAAGAAAUGACACAAACUCUUUAAAAAAAAAUGAUUAGCACAGUGUGUGGCCCAUAGUAAGUGCUCAUGGUAGAUUAAAAUGAGCUCAAGUUGCAGAUUAAACUAUAGAAGAGUAACUUCUAAAAACAAAAGAAUAACUCCAAAAUUUCAGAACAAAAACAUACAAUGCAAAGAAAAUCCGGCUCACGUAACAAAUGAUGUUCUUAAAUGCAGAUAAAAUAAAAUGACAACUAAAACCAAACAUAUAUCAGUGAACCUAAAGUUUCUCUGAUUGAAUAAAAAAUAAUAAGUAAACCGUAGUAUGCUAAAUAGAAGAGACCCAUCGAAAACAAAGUACCUCAGAAAACUUGAAAGUCAAAAGAUGAAACAAAAAAAAGAGAAUAAAAGUGGAAGGAUUUCAGGGAGAUUUAUAUGACCAGAGACUUGCCUUUUCUCUAAUAAAGAUUAGUUAUUUUCUAAUUCAUAGGGAGAUAAUAGUUUCUUUAAUUACAAAAGUAACAUAACAUUGCUGUAGAAAAUUUCAAGGAUGGAGAAAUUAAAUAAGAAAUCACCCCGAAUACGGCCCAUGGGAAUGUGGAUGUAUAUAUAGUUCUUGACAGUCUUUUCCUUAUGCAACCAUAAUGGCAGUCAAAUUACAUGUAACAUUUCACUACUGAUUUUUUCACUUAAUAAUGGAACCUGAGCACAUUUUUUUGUUGUUAUUAAACAGACUUCUUAAAUACUAUCUCGGGCAAGUUCACUCUUUCAUUCAUUCAGUGAACAUUCCAUAAAGGAGAAUGUAGCAUGAACGUGGGCUGUGGGGCUAGACUAGCUAAGUUACACCCACUCUGCCACUUACUAGCUGUGUCACUUUGGGCGAGACUGUUAACUCUCUGUGCCUGUUUCCUCAGCUGUACACGGGGAUAAUAGUAUCAUAGAGUUGCUGUGAGGACUAACUAAAUUAAUAUUUGUCAAGCACUGAGAACAGUGCCUGCCACAUUAUAAGUGCUACAGGUGUUAGCUAUUACGGGUACUAUUAUUAUCAUUAUUACUAUUCUAAGGGCAUCUGUGUGUGCUCAGUUCUCUGCUGGGGCACUAGAGACUCACAGAUGAAUCAGAUCUAGACUCAGCCCUUGAGAUCUCCUGCCCUGGUACAGGAGACAGAAAUAUAAACAAAGCAUUACCUUCUGUAGGCCGGAGCUUCCCAGACUUUUCCAGCAAGUUGCCUGUUGGCAAAGGCAAACAACCGCUUCCCCUAGGGGGAACUGGGGGCACAGCUGAAAGCAGCCAAGCUGAAAAUGUCUUUGAAAUCCCCAUAUUUUAUCUUAAAAAUUCAUGCAAACUUACAUUCUUCUGAUAUCGUGUCCAUGUUUGCUAUAAUUUGGGGGGGGUGGGGAAGGUGUUUCAAGUGUACUUAGAGUCAUCUAGCUUUAUCCACCAAAUCAUAUAGUAUAAUGAGUGCUUCCGGUAUCCUGUGACCUUGGGUUCCCCUUGGUACACAUGCUGGUGCCCUCAGGGGUGUGAGAACCCAUUUGGAAGGGCAGACAGCCCGUCUUGGCGGGUGGCAUCCUAGAAGGCAGAGGGAGAAGGAGAGUCUGAGAGACCCAAGGCAGCCUAGUCGUGGAGGGGACUGACUGCUUGGCUGGGUGCAGAGGGCAAACUGGACUUUAUCAGAGGAAGAUGCACAGAGCAGGCCUGGCAGCAGGAACCACACGUGCCAAGCCCAGAGGCAUGAAGGGACAGCUCGGUGAGCAGUGAACAGUACGCUCUGACCAGAAUGCUCAGUGUGUACGGAGGAGUAUCCAGAGAGCAGGCCGGAGUGAAGACUGGAGGAAUCACGAGCUCAGGCUGUAGGUUCAGUGGGUCCAGCGUGGGCUUAGACCCCAGCUGCUCCACCCCUUGGGGAUGCUACUUAAUGUCUCUGGACUCCACUUUUCUCAUUUUAAAAAUAGGAAUUAAAAAAUGUGCCUACCUUAUAGAAUGGUGGUGAGGAUUAAAUUAGAUCACGUAUGUCAAGAGUGCGGCUGUGAUUUUGAUGAUCACAGAUGACUGUCGUUUCCCACCCCACAGCCAAGUGGGGCACAGACUGGCCUUCCCCAGCCAGUCACCCAGCUCCAGGUCUAAAUGGCCUUGGGAAUGCCAGGCAUCGGCAGGGAGCCAAAGAUGUACCUCCCGUGCCCCCAAGCCCUUCCAUGCCCCCCAAUGCCCUGGCUCACAGAUCCCUUCAUCGGGGGGCCAUUGCCCACUGCUCCAGCCUCAUCUCCCUUGUGUGGUCCUACGUGCACCCCCUGGAACACACUCUCUUGGUUUGCACAUGCUAUUCCUUCUCUCUGGAGCACUUUCCCUUUACCCUCCCCUCCUCCCCCCGCCGCACCCCACCUCCACCUGGCUAACUCCUACUCGGUUUUCAGGUCUUAGGUUAGAUGUCACGUCCUCAAAGCCCUAACCGGACUGCAUCUUAGUGGUGAAAGCAUCCAUCUCCCACCAGGACAAUGUCCAAUUCUCUGCUGCAUGCUCAGCACCAGACUUGGUGCCUGACACACAGCAGGUGUGCGAUGAUUAUUUGCAAAACGAGUGAGUGACAGAAAACAGUACCAGCCCAAGCCUAUGAGGAGGCUGCAGCCAGAAAUCAGGAACGGAUCAUGGCCCACUCCCACCCCGGGCCCUGGGCAAAAUGAACUGUAGCUAUUUGAAUUCUCCACUCUCACCACGCUUUCCUCCUUUUUCAUAUCAAGCUUAAAUACCAGCACUGUCCAACAGAACUCUGCAAUGAUGGAAAUGUUCUGUAUCUGUGAUGUCCUGUAUGGUAGCUACUAGGCACAUACAGAUAGUGAGCACUUGAAAUGUUGCUAGGGUGAACAAGGAACUGAAUGUUUAAUUUUAUUUAACUUAACAUAAAUUUCAAUAGGGGCUACCUUACUGGAGGGUGCAACUCCAUCCUUUCCAAACCACACAGGGCCCGAGACUGGAAGGCAAGAGACCAGGUCUGCCAUGGCCUUUGUGUUCUCUGAGGUCUCAUUUUGCUUAUGUGUAAAAUAAGGGGACUAGAGUUAAUGACUUCUGAAGUCCUUUAUCAGAUCAAAAAAUCUUGGAUUCAAAGACUGAUAGUGAGAGAAGGAAAAGGAGCUCUGGGAGCAGCUGUUAGACUGGCUGAGGACCCAGAAGCCUCGGCAAUGGGAUGUGGUCAGCAGAGGGGAGAAGGGAGAGAGGAGAAAUGGGUGAGAGAGGGAAGAAAGGAGGCCUUCAGUCUUUGCUCUUGUUCUUGUAUAAAUACCAAAAUCUUUCCAGGGCCAACAAAGCCCUGUGUGGUUUGGGCCCCGCCCCAUUUCAGUCACAUGGUCCACUCUGCUUCCUUCACUUUCUGGGCUCCAGAAAGGGUAGGAUUCCUCCAGUCCCAUUAUGGGGCCUUUGUGCAUGCUGUUCCUUCUACCUGGAAUGAUCCUCCCCCUUCACUUAGCCUCUUCUCCUUCCUCCUCUCCUUUAUCCUCAAACAUUGUUUCCUUAAAGAAGCUUUCACUGGCCUGGGGCAUGUCAAGACCCCCUACAGGACACUGUCAUCGCAGUGUCUCUAUCCCAACUCUCAGCACAAGUGCAAUUCUAUAGCUAUUUCUGUGAUCUUAGAUCAGCAUCCCCUCUCCAGAGGACUGGGAUGGCUUUGUUUUUUCUCACUGUGUACCUCCAGUACCCGCUAUAGUGAGUGCUCUAUAAAUGUAACUGGAGGGAUGGUAGAUGGGGCAGGCAGCCAGGUCUGGGGAAGGAGCAUGAUUCAGAAGCCCGAGUCCUUGUCCACUGCUCAUGUGCUGGCUAUGGAAGUUUUAGGGUCAGGACAUUCCUUUGAACUCUCUGGGCUUUCAGCUGAAUUCUGAUCUUGGCCUCUC